CAGGAAGUCAUACAGGUGGCUAACAAUAUGCUAGCUCAGGACUGUCGAGUCGAAAUGAUUUUGAAAAGGAGUUUUGUGUUUUUUCCCAGUCUGAAACAGAAUUGACAUUUCGUCCAAGUAAGGAUCAGAGACACACAAGGCAUCUACAAUGGGCCAACGAAGAAGAGCGGCAGCUGUGAAUAACACUUCAUCUCAGGGAACAUCUGCAGCUCCCGCAGAGGCUGCUGGGAUCCCCAACAGGAAGCACAACAUCUGCAUGGUAUCAGACUUCUUCUACCCAAAUAUGGGAGGAGUAGAAAGUCACAUUUACCAGCUAUCGCAGUGUUUGAUUGAAAAAGGACAUAAGGUGGUCAUUGUCACGCAUGCCUAUGGCAGGAGGAAAGGUGUCAGGCACCUGACCAACGGACUGAAGGUCUACUACCUUCCCCUGCAGGUGAUGUACAACCAGUCCACAGCCACCACCUGCUUCCACAGUCUCCCACUGAUGCGCUGUGUGUUUGUAAGGGAACGCAUCACUGUGGUGCAUGCACACAGCUCGUUCUCCGCCAUGGGCCAUGAUGCACUGUUCCACGCCAAGACCAUGGGCCUGACCACGGUGUUCACCGACCACUCACUUUUCGGGUUUGCUGAUGUGAGCUCCGUGCUGACCAACAAGCUUCUGACGGUGUCGCUGUGUGACACCAACCACACUGUGUGCGUGUCUUACACCAGUAAGGAGAACACGGUGCUCCGCGCAGCACUCAACCCAGAGAUAGUGUCUGUUAUUCCCAACGCUGUCGACCCUACUGACUUCACCCCUGACCCCUCCCAGCGCCAAGACGACAGGAUCACUAUUGUUGUUGUCAGCCGUCUCGUCUACCGCAAAGGUAUCGACCUUCUUGGUGGAAUAAUCCCAGUGCUCUGCCACAAACAUCCAGAUCUGCAAUUCCUUAUUGGUGGAGAGGGACCAAAGAGACUUGUUCUGGAGGAAGUGAGAGAGAAAUACCAACUACAUGACAGGGUGCGUCUGCUUGGGGCUUUAGAGCACAAAGAUGUUCGUAACGUUCUGGUGCAGGGUCACAUCUUUCUCAACACGUCUCUGACUGAAGCGUUCUGCAUGGCCAUCUUAGAAGGAGCCAGCUGUGGACUGCAGGUGGUCAGCACUCGUGUGGGGGGCAUUCCUGAGGUGUUGCCUGAAGAGUUGAUCACCAUGUGUGAGCCUACGGUGCGGGCGUUGUGUGCCGGUCUGGAGACGGUCAUCGCCCGGCAGCGCUCAGCCUCAGUCCCCUCCCCCGCCUCUAUCCAUGCUCGUGUGCAAAACCUCUACACCUGGAGAAACGUUGCUGAGAGGACGGAAAAGGUGUACGACCGAGUGGCCGGAGAGGAGGUGCUUCCCCUGGACAAACGGUUACGGAGGCUGAGGGCUCACUGUGGCCCCGUAGCUGGCUCCAUCUUUGCCUUCAUAGCUGUUUUAGACUUCCUCUUCCUGCUGUUCCUGCAGUGGUGGGCCCCAGAUCAGGUCAUGGACGCGGCAGUAGACGCCACCGGCCCUAACGGACUGUGGAAGGAAGCUGGCGGUGAAAUCAGAGCCAAUUCGAAAAGUGCCGUGAAGCGAGCAGCAGAACCAGAAAUGUCAAUAUUAGGAUAACUCCAUACCUCUGCUUCAUUUGAGCUGCUUACAUGUGCUAUAUGUUCUCUCCGUGGUGCCUACUGACAUUUAAAACAUGGCUACUACAUGCAGAAUAAACUCAUGGUAACCCAGAUUAUUGUUUACAUUCACUAAUCCAAAGGGACUACCUUGUGUGAAGAUACAAAUGUAAGACUUGAAAAGAGUUAUACAUUUUUAUAUAACACCUGGGAGUUUAUGUUAGUGACUGACUCCCAGACAGUUCACAAUGGAAAAUAAAGUGUACUUUUUCUAAUGUUU